UGUUUUUUUAACAUAUCUAGUAAGACAGGAGUUAGGAAUUACCAAGAGUCUUGUAGCUCAAUUGACACCUUUUAGUGUUUCCAAUGGAGAUGUCUAGGGUUCAAAUUCCCCCUCCCCCAAAUAUUGAAUUAUCCAUAAAAAAAGAAAAGAAAAGAAAAAGAUGGGGGGUUAGGAAGUGUGAUUGGUGAUUGGUGAUUGAAAUGGUGGGUAAAUUAUCGAAGGGUAUAGAAGCAAAUUUUGAAGGCAGCACUUGGUUGAUCAGCCAUGAAGAAGCCCUAAGCAUGGGGUUGGGCAAUUCUUCAAAUGGACACAGUUGUUGGCCUUAGGAUUCACUUUUUGCACUUCUUUGUUUUUAGAUUGCAGUAAGGCUAUGCUUAGGUAAUCUUAGCAUAGAGAUCCUAGUCUUCUAUAUCACGAUAUGAUCAGCCAUUGGUGACCUCAACAGCCACAUAGGAUGGGACAUCAAUUCAGCCGUAUAAUAACACAGAUAUUUGAGUGCGGCAUGAAUGUGCUAAAGGACUACCAACAAGCACAGGAUUCAGGACUGUAUGACAAUCACUGCUCAUGAAGAACCAGCACCUGGCAGCUAGAAUUGGAUGACGUGUUAAUGGCUUUACUUGGAGGAAAGUCAGUUUUGCAAGAUGUGAUAUGCAAAAAGCAUACCCAUCAGUUAUUGGUUCUCAUUGCAAACAAUUGUAACAACAAAACCAUGUGUGGGGCAGUUAGCUUCUGAUCAGCAGGGGCAGUGGAGAAGGAGGAGGAGGUGAGUCUAGAGGAAAAAAAAAAGAAAAAAUGAAGAACUUCAGGAAUAGGGAGAGACAGAAUUUUGGAAAAUAUAGAAAUAAAUGAGGUGAAGGUCUAAAAUUGGAAAGAUUGGAUGUUAGGGAAAAGGUUAUUUUUAGCUUGCUGCUUGAUUUUGGUUUCUGGGGGGCAAAGGUAGCCUGAAUCAAACUAGAGGUCUUAAUGAGAUGAAGACCAGAAAAGUUGAAAGCUCCAAAACCCCCUUUUCCCUCUUCAUGGAAACAAAUGAUAAAUUACCUUUUGCUGAACAAUAAGGACUACCAGGAUUCAAAGUGCAGUUGAUACUAUGGUGGACUGUCAAGACAAUGUGCUUAGUGCCAGAGUGAAUGAAAACAUAGGUGAUUUUGUGGAUGAAGUGCAUAACAGAGAUGUUGGGGUUAGUUCUCCUAAAAGGGAUGUUACAAUGUUUGAAGGGGAUACAGAUUUUGAGCCACGCAAUGGCAUUGAAUUUGAAUCACAUGAGGCAGCAUACUCAUUCUAUCAAGAAUAUGCCAAAUCUAUGGGAUUCACCACUUCAAUUAAAAACAGUCGUCGCUCAAAGAAAUCAAAAGAAUUUAUUGAUGCUAAAUUUGCAUGUUCCAGAUACGGAGUCACUCCAGAAUCAGAUAGUGGGAGUAGUCGGCGACCAAGCGUGAAAAAGACAGACUGCAAAGCCAGCAUGCAUGUGAAGAGAAAGGCAGAUGGGAAGUGGAUUAUUCAUGAAUUCAUAAAAGAGCAUAAUCAUGAACUUUUACCUGCUUUAGCAUAUCAUUUUCGGAUUCACAGAAAUGUAAAGUUAGCUGAAAAGAAUAAUAUUGACAUUUUGCAUGCUGUUAGUGAACGGACAAGAAAGAUGUAUGUUGAAAUGUCUAGACAAUCUGGUGGAUAUCAAAAUCUUGGGUUUCUUCAGGGUGACAUAAAUUAUCAGUUUGAUAAAGGCCGUUACUUGACUUUGGAUGAAGGAGAUGCCCAAGUUAUGCUUGAGUACUUUAAGCGUAUCCAAAAGGAGAAUCCAAACUUCUUUUAUGCGAUGGAUUUGAAUGAAGAGCAGCGUUUGAGAAAUCUGUUUUGGGUUGAUGCCAAAAGUAGGCAUGAUUACAUCAGUUUUAGUGAUGUUGUUUCUUUUGAUACCUCCUAUCUCAAAAGCAACGAUAAAUUGCCAUUUGCUCCUUUUGUUGGGGUGAACCAUCACUUCCAGUCCAUGUUGUUUGGAUGUGCGUUGGUUGCAGAUGAGACUAGAUCAACAUUUGUUUGGUUAAUGAAGACGUGGCUUAGAGCAAUGGGUGGGCAAGCUCCCAAAGUGAUAAUCACUGAUCAAGACAAAGCCUUGAAGGCAGCCAUUGAGGAAGUCUUCCCAAAUACACGCCAUUUCUUUUCUCUUUGGAAUAUAUUGGAAAAGAUCCCUGAAACUCUAGCUAAUGUGAUAAAACAGCAUGAGAAUUUUUUGCCAAAGUUUAACAAGUGCAUUCUCAAGUCAUGGACAGAUGAACAGUUUGACAUGAGGUGGUGGAAAAUAGUUACUAGAUUUGAACUUCAAGAUGAUGAAUGGAUACAGUCAUUGUAUGAAGAUCGAAAAAAGUGGGUGCCUAUUUAUAUGGGGGAUUCUUUUUUAGCUGGAAUGUCUACACCUCAGCGUUCCGAAAGUAUGAAUGCUUUCUUUGACAAGUACAUUCAUAAGAAAAUUACUCUCAAAGAGCUUGUGAAACAAUACGGGACAAUCCUACAAAAUAGGUAUGAAGAGGAAGCCAUAGCAGAUUUUGAUACAUGGCACAAACAGCCUGCAUUAAAAUCUCCUUCUCCUUGGGAAAAACAAUUGUCAACAGUUUACACUCAUGCAAUUUUUAAGAAAUUCCAAGUUGAGGUUUUGGGCGUAGUUGGCUGCCAUCCUAAAAAAGAAAGUGAAGAUGGAACAACUACUACUUUUAGGGUUCAAGAUUGUGAGAAGGAUGAAUAUUUUAUGGUAUUGUGGAAUGAAACAAGGUCAGAGGUUUCUUGUUUCUGUCGUUUGUUUGAAUACAAAGGUUUCCUUUGUAGACAUUCGAUGAUUGUUCUCCAAAUUUGUGGUCUUUCAAGCAUUCCACCCCAUUAUAUUUUGAAGAGGUGGACAAAAGAUGCAAAGAGCAGGGAAACAGUGGUUGAAGGAACAGAAAGGAUACAGACUAGGGUGCAGCGUUACAAUGAUUUAUGUAAAAGAGCCAUUGAAUUGAGUGAAGAGGGAUCAUUAUCUGAAGAGAGCUAUAGUAUUUCUUUUCGGGCACUAGUAGAAGCUCUGAAGAAUUGUGUGAAUGUGAAUAACAUUACCAUUAGUGCUGCAGAAUCUAGUGGCAAUGCUCUUGCUCUUCGUGAAGAAGAGGAGAGUCGAGGAAGCUUAGUAGCUAAAACAAGUAAGAAGAAAAGUACAUAUAAGAAAAGAAAGGUACCGGCAGAGCCAGAUGUUCUACUUGUUGAGCCACAAGACAGCUUACAACAGAUGGAUAAUCUAAGCUCAGAUGGGAUGUCCCUUACUGGAUAUUAUGGUGCCCAACAGAACGUGCAAGGACUGUUGAACUUAAUGGAGCCACCUCAUGAUGGGUACUAUGUAAAUCAACAUAGCAUCCAGGGGCUGGGUCAAUUGAAUUCAAUAGCACCUAGCCAUGAUGGUUUUUUUGGGACUCAACAAAGCAUUCAUGGGCUGGGGCAGUUGGAUUUUCGACCACCAGCAAAUUUCAGUUAUAGCCUUCAGUUGCAGGAUGAGCCCCAUUUAAGAACUACACAGUUGCACGGCAGUGCUUCGAGGCAUGCAUGAGGAAGAAACAUCUUCCAUGUUGGCUGCAGUGAUAGUUGCCUCAUGGAGGUGGCUAAAUCCAUACCCAAUGUUAUGUUGGGUAAUUGGAAUGGUAAAUCCAUGAAGUGGUUCCAGAUCCUUCACCACUUUAGUUUCCUGUUCGGAUAAAAAAGAAGCCAAAUGCAUUAACAAUUGAAGGUAAAAGAUUUCCUGUAUAUUUACGGGGGGAAGUUACUUUGCGGAAUUCAAGCUGUGGUUAUAUUUAUUCCCCAGAAAUGACAUAAGAAAGGAAAGACAAAAUAAUCCUAUUUUAUGCCCCAUAGCUUAGCUGUGCUGAAAUCACAAUUCACAACUUGAGGGCAGGACCAGAUUACUCCUGCUGCAGGAGUAAUCUAGAUCAAUUUAGUGGAUCCAUCUCUUAAGGAACAGAAUGCUUGUAAGCCAUUAGAAGAAUAAAAUUAAUGCUUUUCGUGGAGAAACAUACUUCUAAUGGCUGAGAUGCAAAGGAUGUCUUUGCCUGGGUGCCAAUUUAAAGAAAAUACUUUGCCUUGUUCUUGUGCAUUGUAGAAUUACUGCAAACGGCUCUUUGUAAAUGCUCCAUGUAUCAUUAUGUUUGAAAUUGAUUUAGUUCUGUGGAUUAGAUCUGCUUCUGCCCCUGUCAAUCUUCACUGGAUUGUAUCGGCAAUCUGUUCUGUAAGAUGUGUAUGUUCAUGCAGGAAGUGGCAAAAUGGACAUGUUUUUGUUCAUGAAGUUCCUCAGUUUCCCCUAGUGGAAAUCAGUUAUUAAAAGCGGGUUACGAUGUUUUGUAUAA